CCUUUCAGCACGGAUUGUACUAAACUUGCGUUGACACUCAAAAAAUUCUAGAGGUCGCGGAUUUUGAUUUUGCUGCGCCGAAACGGUCUCGAUCGUUUGUGCAUUACCUAUUCUAACCGUUAGAACAUACGCGCGGGGAGAAAUACUUGCCAGUGACGCGUCAGGACUUGUGCAAGACAGGAGUCAUGUUUGUUGACGGCCGAGGAAGACGUUGUGCUCUAAACGAGAAUCUGGUGGAACAACUGAUCGGAAAUGGGUGCACAUCUGACUUGGAGGAGGAAUCGGACGAGGAACAACUAAGCAAAGCUUUUCUGUUUCUGGAAAAUGAUGCAGAUAGUCCACACAGCGGUGAAGGGAAUGAGUCUGAUGAAGAAAUGGUAGUCCCCUUAGCACAACUGCGGCAAUUAAAUGUGACAGAGCCUAGAAAUCAGCCAGAAGCCUCUACCAGUGGUCUACCAAAGCAAGAAAGACGCAGAAUUUGGCGCGCAACUAACUUCGAAAACAAAUGCCAUGAUUUUCCACCAAGAGUAACAGCUGGUGAGGUAAAGAAAUUAAAGCUAAGGACUUGCUGUGGUUCAGAUUGGACCUUACUGAUGCUCUGAUUGCUUCGGUUCCUCAGGCUGAUCAAGUUUUAGAAGAUGAAGCUCCUAUUUCUGAACCAUCAACUAAAAGAUAUAGACCAGCUGUAGUUCCGUCUUCAGAUAAACGAUUGGAUAAAUUUAACCAUUUCCUGAUCUCACAAGAGGUAGAAAAUGCAGGUUUGAGAACUGCACGUCUUCCACUAUUAUCCGUUGCACAAAAUGCAACGUUCAUUUGUGCCUUGUUAGGAAUAAAAAUUGCUUCCUAACAUGUCAUACCAGACUGAUUUGUUUCAUUAAAAAUGGUAGGAAAUAUUUUUGUUUGUUUUUGAUUAAUGUUUUUGAUCAAUUUGAUCAAUAAAGGUGUCAUUAUUAUGUUACUCAAAGUAAUUCUGUUCUUAAGUCUAAGAAUAUCGAAAAUGCUAGAUAUUUUUUUUAAAUCUUGUCAUUAAAAUGUAAUUAAUAUGCGAGAUUAAAUACUUAUGUUGAUGAGACUGAUAAAUAGGGCUAUAAUAAAUAAAGUACUUAUAAUUAAACAAACUUUGUAUGAUUUAUUAUGGAAUGCACGAUCCUGCGUUAGCUGAGUAGAACCUGGAACGCACGUACGUGCGAUGUCUAUUGGGGGGAAACUAGAGGGGGGGGAUUUUUUUUACUAUUUUUGUUGGGGACUUUGAUUGCUAUGGGUUACAUAUAAAUACAAGUUUUUUCAAGUUUUCACUUUUUGUUCUGUCGUGCUGAAA